AUGAAUGUUGAAAACAAUAAUUCUACCUCAAACACGAAUGAAAACGAAACAUCCGCGGAUGUUACAUUUACGUGCCAACAACUUAUACAGAAGUAUGCAAGCUCUAAUGCCGAUAUACUUGAAUUGUAUGCGUUGCUUAGUAGCUGGAAUGUAGGAGAUCUGUUCCCGUAUUGCUGUCGCCAACACUUGUACGUCGGUGUGCUGAGACAUCUUACUCCGGAAAUGGCUAUAUCAAUUUUGAACCAACCGUGUAUCCCUCUGGGGGCACAAGUUGAAUUCUAUCACCACUGGCACAACUGGAUGGAAUCUGCGCGUUCAACAAUCGACGUCGAGAAAGCCGAAUGUUCUUCGCAGUCCAUUACGAGCAAAUCUUCGAUGAACGAAUCAAAUUCAGCACAACAGUCCAGAGCUAUGGAAGCUCCGCUUGAUUUGAACACCAUAUUAAAGUCAAAUCAGUAUGGUUUAAAUUUGAUUGCUGUAUUCAACCGGGACAAAAUUCUCAACGAUAAUCUUCGCAAGCUGAUGUUGGAAUCCAUCCUUCAGUUCUGUAUUGAAAACAAACACGAUUUAACAGUCAAAGACUGUUCUGUAUUGGCGGCACAAAUAGUCCAGGUUUUUCCAGGAGAAGUAAUGGCGUACUACUUCGUUGAAAGGAAAAAUAGCGCACCGUUGGGUAAACUCUACCACAAAUAUCGAAACUGGAAAAGCAAUCUCAACCGCAAAUCAAGCUUAGAAAAAAGCACGAAGUCCAUAGUUGGCAAUCCUUCGAAAACGUUUACAACUGAAAAAGACGAAGAAAUUCAUAUCCGCGCUCUGAGACAUGAAAUGGCUACCAUGAGCUACGAUGAAAAGCUUGCGCAUUGGGUGGGAUGUGCUGCAACGCGGUUGAACAUAAUUCAGAAUCAAAACAACCCGCAAUCCGCAAGCAAAAUAUUUGACCUUUGGCCACAGUUCAAAAAUCCAGAUGGCUAUAGGAUGAUCGAAGCUGAUUUUGUAUUUAUACACGGUCAGAAAAAACGAAUUACUUGA